AAAGACAUAGCAACCAAGGUAAAGCUAAGGACACAUUUGAGAGAAUACUAGGCAAAGUUACUUACAAGGUUAUACUACAUUUAUUUCCACUUUUGCCUAAAAUUUUCUGUAGCUCUGCAGAAAAAUGGGGGGCCAUGGCCCCUCCGGCCCCUCCGGUUACGCCGGCCCUGAUUAAACUAAAUAUUUACUUCAAACAAAUUGAACUUUCGCCCCAAAAUUGAAAAGAGGCUCUUCGAGUAAGAGGCCACUUGGUUUAGUUGUCUCCCGCGAAAUUCAUCAGACUGAAGGAAUUAAAAAAGGCCUGUUGUUUGUGGAAGUGGAAACUUGGCCAAGUUUGCGUUAGAUCUGUGGACCAAGACAGGUAUAUCCAGAUAAGCAUGUGUUUGUUGCGUAGAACAGCAUAAAAUGGUCAAUUUGAUAAUGGCUGUUGAGCAAGAUGGGAUCAUAAAUGAGAUUGCUGAAGAUGGACCAAGGAAAACAAAGAAGAGUCUUAGGCUGAGCCAUAAGAAACAAUUGAUUUUAAAGAGAAAACGAGAGGAAAUUGAACAGAAAGAAAAGGAAGAGAAACAAAGAAUUGAGAAUGAUAAAAAAGAAAGGGAUGAAGAAAGCAAUGCGGUUGAAAUUGACGAGUUUGACGCUGACACAAAAGGAAAACAAAAGCGCCACUGGGGCUCGUGGGCAAAGGCAGAUAAAGACCUGUUUUUUGAAGCAAUUUCUGAGUUUGGUAAGGACUUCGACAAGAUUUGCUCUUACAUGGAUCGCAAAUCGAAAACUAGAGGGAAGUCCGUGAAAGACUGCGAACCGCGUAACAAGGAUCAGAUUCGAUAUUUUUAUUACCGUACGUGGAAACAGAUAUCCAAGGCCGUGAGCUUACAGCCUUGUGAAAGCAAACGAUUACAACACGAACUAUACUGUUUGAUUUGUUAUGGGGAGCUUAGGAAAAAGUGUCGUGGUUUCGGAAAUAAAGAUUUAAAACGGCUUGAUGAACUAGUAACAACUGGGUCGACUACUGUUAGGCACAAAGGGAGAAAAAUCCGCAUAAAACCUCCAAUCUGUAGGUUCCUUAAAAAGUUGAUAGAUGAUGAUGAUAAAUCUACAAGAGAGCUUGACAGCAUACCGGAAAUUAUCGAUGUCGAGCUUUACCCACAUUCAAACAAAGCAUGGACGAUGGCACAAUGUUUGGCUUACAACCCGCGUAUUAGACUGAAUGCACUUCCAGUAACACUGAAAGUCAAAUCUCUUAUUAAAUUACUUGAAAUGCGAUUUGGCUCAAAAGCAACUAGUCAAGAAGAACUAGUUUUUCACUUGUUGCCCCCGAAAGAAUUUGUUGAUAGUAAAAACGGAGGAAAUAAGUCCUCCACUCAGAACACAUUUAAUGCAAAGUCUCACAUUGUUCUGCAAUCGCAGCCUUUAGAAAAGUCUAAUGACAAAUCAGAUACCAGUUUGCUAUCAUCACCAUCGGAAACUGACCAAUCAGCUUGCACAAAUCCUACUAUUUCUGCAAUCAGUCAGUCACAGACUUUGCAAGCAGUUAGUUCAAGUAAUGUUGCACCAACAGUGUCAGUUUUGCCAGAAACCAGUUCAAGUGCACUCUUAACCUUGCCCUUGCAAAAAGGAUUGGCAGACAGUUGCAAUCUAGUGGGAAGCGCUGCAGACGUAACCACGGGCAUUGUGACGCCGUUGCUAGGGGGUAACGUCAUUGCUUCUUACAUCAGCAAAAAUGCCACACUAUCUCCUUCACAAGGUACAACUCCAUCUGCUAACAAUUUGAUUCCAACAACAGUUGAAUCAGAAGAUGGGGAAAUGUCGAAAGACCCAAGCAGUAAGAAGACCCCGCCUUUUUUUCCUUUAAAAGCAGAAAAUUGCAACGAGAAGGACCUCCAGACCUGUUUUCUAGCGCUAAAUCGUCCUGCAGUCAUCCGCCUUGAGUACGACUUUGACGUGAAGGUUGCUAAAUGCGCUGAAUAUUCAGACAGUUGUUUUGAUAAGUUAGUUAUGCUUGCACAAAGGGACCUUGUCAAGUCUGUGAAAGUUUCAACGCAAGUAACGAAGGUUACAUCCAGUGCUUCUAGAGCAGCCCAGACUUUGAAGGCUACAGAUUUAAUCAGACCAGGCCAAGCAAACAGGUCUUAUAUCAUUCCAGUUUCGGACCCGUUGUUUGCGGGACCCAAACCAAUAGUUCCAAGCUCUAUUUUAAAAACAUCACUCCUUUGUAAUUUACCAUCUCUUACCAAUGUAAUUACGACACCAAAUACAACUAUUGUUCAGCGUAAAGUUGUGCCUAGGCCUAGGCCCAUACAACCGGCUUCUAAAACGCUUGUGGCAAAAGCAGUUGCUGUGAACAUUGUCCCACAGCCAGCCACGCUGGUCCCGUUCGCCCAAGUUCCACCUGUUUCCACCCAGCUUGUCAAUAGUGGCUUACCCUCAACAUCCUCUGCUGUCAGUACACCACAUAUUGAAACUUCAAACGCACGCCCUGUCACUUCUACCAUUUUCUCAGUGCCCAGCACCUCCUCCUUGUCCACCAAAUUGACAAUAUGGAGCUCUCCAACUAGUGAGGUACCUGAUUUAACAAACAAAGUACAAGUGGAGGUGAUACAAGAAGGAAGUCGAACGAAAGCACCUGUUAAAAGGCUUCAUCCGACAUCUGUCACCACAACUGAAAAAUCAUCAAAGCUACCAUGCUUAGAUAAAACCGUUACAACAAAAAAUCCGGCAAAUAUCAACGAAUUUGAUCUUUCAACGUUUUUAGCAACAACGGAUGAUUCCAGGUCAGAAAAUGAUUCUCAGACGGGUGGUGACUCUAUCAACCUCUCCACCAUAUUGUCCGGACUUACAAAGAAUUUAUGUAAGAAUGGUAAAAGCGAAGCCAAUAAUAAGACACCCAUUACUGACAAUAAAGAUACGCAAAAUUCUGCCCUAGUUGCUGUAACAGCCCCAAUAAAAGGCUCUACAUCGACUGAACAGUUUUCUGUGGUGGAAACCUUUCCAGCUGCCGUCAGUAAGGUGACGACCGUGGAUGUGUCUUCAGUUCUCACUACACCAGUGAAAUGCCCAACAAAGACGCCUUCUAAAAGCGAGGCUGAAGUAUUCAGGAUGCAGCCAGUCAAUUUUGAGCACAAUUGGUUUGGAAGCGAUGUGUCAGAACUGUCACUAAGUGGGAUCCUUGACGUCAGCAAUCUGAAAGACGCUACUGGAAAAAGUUCUGAUUCUUCUCAGGCCAGUGAAAUUUCAAUCAGCAAAUUAUUAGGUGAAAUUCGUAAGAAGAAUGAAGUUGAGAAUCUUAUUGGAGGGCAGGGAACUGAAUUAUCACUUGGGACAAUCCUUGGUACUAGUGAAAGUAAGGCAGAUGACAAAAAAGAGUCUUCUACUCAGAAUAAUGAAUUAUCGAUCGGAAAGCUGCUAGAUGUCGUACGAAAAGAUGAAAAGCGAAAGGAGUCAGUCAACCCGACUGAAACCGUGAAAUCCUUCAGUACCGAUUCCUUGCUCAUGAAACCAGAUGCAGACCCUGUCGCUGUAUUUGAAUCUUUGAUGCAAGAAAACAGUGUCGAUUACAUCAACAAAUUUACAGCAUUAACGGCUAGGCUGAAGGGCGAUGAGCAAUCAACCAAUGGUCCUUCUGACGUAAAGGGUGCAGGCCUGCCACAAGGCGAUACCCCGGUAUCGACCGCCACUUCCGGGAACCCCAAAGACCCUAAGCUCCCCUUGUACCAAUCUGAAGAUUCAGUGGGACUUUUGGACGGCUUCUCUUUCGUUUUGCCGACCAGCGAUAGCAACUCUAAUGACUUCUCUUGAGGCUGUGUGUUGUUAAUAUCAAAAGCAUGUAAAUAUUUUAUGACAUAUAUUAGCUAUAUAGAAAGAAGUAAUUGAGAUCAAGAAAAAUUUGAAAACUUAAAUGCUCUUGCUUUCACCUAGCACAUUUUUAAGACGAGGCCCUUGAAAGAUUCUAAACUGCACUAAACAUUUCUGCAUGUUUACGUCUAAAGGUUAUGUGUUUAAGAAAAACUGGUAUUCUUUUAUAUGAAGACCAAGCGAUUCAAUAAAAUUGAAAACAGAAGGGAUAGUAAAAUUGGUUCUCUUGAAGUAAAGUAGAGUUGCCAGCCUCUUAUUCGAUGCUCUAGUGUUUUAUGUUGCUGUAAGUUGUGUUUUGUUGUUCCAAGCUGAAUACAAGGUCCACAAAGUUGCUUUUCAGUUUUUAUGAUUUCUUCCAAAAUGACUCUAUUGGGGGAGAAAAUAAACAUUUUUUUGAGCUUGUAACACAACAGCUUUGUUUAUUUGCCGCUUUUUUGCAAAAAGGCCUUCUAGUUGAAUGUUUUAAUUUUUUUUAUUUUUAACUAAGCAGCAAUGUUCUUGUAAUCUGCUUUCAUGUAUUUAUUCACCAAAGCGUUAUUUGAAAAUAAGAAUGCAUAGAUUUAUACCUGCGAACACAUUGCCGUUGCGAGAACGUGUUAGAGUAGCACCAUUAUUUUCCACAUGCAAAAUUCAACCAUUCAAUGGCAAGAAUAUUUUUUUCCAAAGCAUGGUAUGUUAUUAAAAUGCGGUUGAGUCAGGAUUCAAAAUUAUUCAACGUUUUUCUUUGUAACAUUGUCGCUACCUUUGCUAGCCUUAAAUUUCUUCGAAGCAAAAUUUCAGGUUUUUCAUUAAAUUUUUUGCCAUUUUAAGGCAUCGAUAAAAAUUUCAUAAAUAUGUGUUAGAAGAUUCAUUGUUUUGCAUUCCAGGAUUUCCCUGCAAAUCAACAAACAGUUGAAAUGCUUGCAUCGUCAUCUAACAAAAUUGAUUGUUCCCUUUCUGAAACCAAGAAGAAUAAUUUUUUUGUUAAACAUACAGUACCUCUUGUCUUACGUUUUCUUCUUCUACCUUUCGUAAACCAGCCUUAUGAUAGGCUCAAGAAAAUUACCAUUAAAGGUGGAGUUUUUUGGUUUUAAUCAUAGGAGCUACCCUUUCUCACCUACUUUCUCCGUAUACCACCCCCUCUAUAUCCGCUACCGCUGUUCAUUAUAGUUAGAUUCGUUUGAUAACAUCUUGCUUCGUUUUCAGUGGCAUAUGUAUUUUCUUCAAUUUAUUAUGUAUGAAUAUUAAGUGUUCGGUUGGCACUGGUUCUUAUGAGAAAUUUGCUGAAUAACUAUAUUUCAGUGUGUAUAUUUUCAAUGAUGUAAAAGCGAUAAUGAGAAUCGGUGAAUGCGUUUUUGUCAGUCUUACAGUUCUUGUAACAAAUUGCCUUGUAUAAUAGAAUUAAUUAUACGAUUACAAAAAAAUUUUUAUCUUCUCUCUAUUCAACUUCUCUGAAACUUUCAAGACAUGGCCUGACUACCUUAAACCUACUAAGGCCCCUUGUGUGACAACUACCAUAGAUUUCAGAAUACGAGAAUUAUUAUUGAUUUCAUAGUUACGGUUCCCGGGGAACUUGGCAUUUCUAACCCCUUGUCGGCGGUCCUGAACCUCGACAUAAGCCUGUUUGCUGGAAAUCACGAACGAAUAUUGGCGGAAACGAAAGAAAUGCUAGCAAAAAGGUAUCCGUUAGGAGGCAACGCUCCUGCUUUGUUGUUCAAUCUUGAAUAUACUUUUCAACUGAUAGGCUGCUUUACUAAUGGGUAUCAAAUUUUUUUGUAGGAACUUGCGUAUUUGAACGAGGGUGAGGGUGAUUCUUAUUAUUAACUUAUUCUUAUCAACUGAAAGAUGAAAUCUUUUGCCGGGCGAUAAAAUCACGUGGCGAUAGGUAAAAUAGGAUCGAAAUUGUGUUUAUCUAUUCCUUUGUCUGUAGAAUUCACGGAAUUAUACUUACAAAAGUACUGGCUCACCACUAACCAGUGCAUAAUGUUUUGCACCAUUGAGAAUGAUAUAUAUAAUUUGUGUUAAAAUCACAUCUAACAUUACCAAUUUAUUCUAAAAAGAAGCCAGAGUUGACCACCAAAUGAUUAGAAGGCACUUUUAACAUGCUGUUUGCAAUUCAAAGCUUUGCCUCUUCAAUCAUAUUUUGCAUCUAAAGUCUUUCAACAUAAACAUUUUAUGUUACAGAAAACACAUUGUUUUUUUACAUAACUGGUGUAUACAAGAAUACCUGACGUAACUUGGAAGUCACAUGCAAAAAGCUCAUGAACUGAAAUUCUCAUCUCCCAGCAUAUUUUGAUAAAAUGACAAUGAAGCCACAGAAUGCAAUGGCACCAGCGAUCAUAAUCAGCAAGCUCAACCGUAAAUUGCGCAGACACCAUGGAUUUUGCUUGACAACGCCUACUCGUUGGUUCAUGCCUGAUAUUACAGUUUGCAUUGGCCUGGUCACGACUGAAACAUUUGAUUGGUUCCCGUGAUUUGGAACAAGUACUUGAGGUACUGAAGUAACGUUUUGUUGGUUUGUUGGUUGGACUGGUGGGGCUGAUGGAAAGACUGACCUUCCGGGUAGAGCAUCUGGGCUCAAACAUUGCGAGUAUGGGUGUAAAUCUGUCCCGUGUGGUGCUUGUAGCUCCUGUGGUAGCUGCAAUGGUUGCUGAUUGUGUGUUGUAGUUGAAUAAACCUGCACUGUUAAGGGCGCAGCAGUGUUCGUUGGCUGAUAUUGUUGAUUCCCAAGCACCCUUGGCUGUGCUAUUGAUGGAAGUGCGCCACCAAGACCAGGCCGUCUCCAAAGUUGUUGCAGUCCUUGAAUUCCUCCCCGUAAGUUAGGGAUGCUGCUUCCAAAACCAGCAGUGUUGCCAAAUUGCUCUGCACGAUCGUAAACGUUCUCAGCCGGCCCAAACGAUAGUGGCGCGAUUCCUUGACCAGCUUCACAGAAAUUAAAGGCUUCAUUGCAGACAUUUCCUAUGUCAAGAACACCUACUAAAUCAUUGAAAAUAUCCAUAUUUCUGCUAGUUUCAAGAGCCUUGCCUUGCACCAAGAAAAAUUUCUUCAGGAAUAACUGCUUUUCUCCCUGCUUUCAAGCACUAAUGUUAUGUUGCGUGGGGGCUAAAUUGAUUGAAUUAAGGAAGUAGCAAUAUGCGCGUAUUUUAUUCAUUAAGGAAUUCAAUUUGAAGCUUUUUGUAAGCAGAAAUUAUCGAAAAAGUGUCAGAGGGACUCACCGACUCAAAACAACGUUGCUACAAGUUGUAACAAGCAAACCAUGUCAAGCUAGAAAAAUAGUCAUACUUUAGAACCAGUUGAGAAAUUGUAUACAAGCAGCGUUGUUGUCUCGCAGCAAGGACCGCGAAGCAUAUUACAGAUUGAGGGGGCUAACACGUUUUUUGGGGGGGUUGAACAUGCUAAAAACCAAGAACAAGGCGACUUUUUGUAUGGGUUUAGUAAAGUUUGGGGAUUUUAGGGGGUUUAGCCCUCUCAGCCCCCCCCCCGCUUCCGCGGUCCCUGUUGCAAAGUACGAAUAAGUGUAUAUAAUGGUUCUCUUGCUUUGACAUCAUAUAGAAUUGAAUUUACAGAACAAAUGCAUUGUAGCAUUAUAAAUUAGAGGCUAGAUGCAAGAAUUCUCUAACUAGCGUUUGCUU